GCACUCACUUGUCACAUUAUUGCGGCGCUGCAGACUCAUCAAUAACUCAGAGCUAUAUGAUAAAGAUGCCAAGGUCGUUUCUGGUGAAGAAACAUCUCACUAAUAAGAAGCCAAACUAUGGAAUUCUGGAUUCAAAAGCAGACGAUCUCUACACCAGCCUGGUCCAGCCUGAGGUAGCCUGUUACAUCCCCAGCACUCCUCAGCCCCUGGAGGGUUGGCUGCCAGGGCCAAGUCUCAUCCCCACACCAGCCUCCAUGCACUUUCCACAGGUAGACAGGCUUCCUUCAAGGGACACCAGCUUGUCACGGCAUAGCUCAACACAGGAAAUCCUCUACCCCCUGUCAGUGUCUCACAACAAUCUGCUAAGAGACUCACACUCCGGACUUGAGCCCCUGGGAACCAUGGAACCCCAGACCUUCCUGCUCUCAAAGGACUUCAGACACCUGGAGGAGAGGGGCAGCAUGCCUAAUCCCCUCAUGGGCCUUGUUCACUCUAGUGUUAGUCAGGAGCGCUUUGAAUGCUUCGACUGCCACAAAGCCUACUUCACCUUCUCUGGGCUGGCCAAGCACAGGCAGUUGCACUGUGAGUGGCAGUGUCACAAGUACUUCAGCUGCAAGUACUGUGACAAGGAGUACGUGAGUCUGGGAGCUCUGAAGAUGCACAUUCGAACACACACACUGCCCUGCGUCUGCAAGCUCUGUGGGAAGGCCUUCUCCAGGCCUUGGCUGCUCCAGGGACACAUUCGCACACAUACAGGUGAGAAGCCCUUCUCCUGCCCACACUGCAGCCGGGCGUUUGCUGACCGCUCCAAUCUCCGAGCACACCUGCAGACACACUCUGACAUCAAGAAAUACCAGUGCAAGAGCUGCUCCAAAACCUUCUCCAGGAUAUCUCUGCUCUCCAAGCAUGAAGAGUCUGGCUGCUGCCCACAGUCCUGAUGCCAUUUACUGCC